AUGUCAGGCAAAACCUCUGGCUCCGACGCCAAAUCGCGGGAACACCAUGACGGCAGCGCCGGUCGAGCCUUCACCGUAGAACAAAAAGCCGCUGUAAUACGUAUCAAGCAAUGCGCGCCAACCGCUUACUACAAGAUCCUUGGGCUUGAGGAAGUAAAAGCCACCUGUUCAGACUCGGACAUUAAGAAGGCAUACCGCAAGCUCUCAUUACUUACGCAUCCGGACAAGAAUGGAUACGACGGUGCAGACGAGGCCUUCAAGUUGGUCAGCAAAGCAUUUCAGGUGCUGAGUGAUCCGGAUAAGAAGAAGAAGUACGACCAGUUUGGAUUGGAUCCCGACGCAAGGUUCGAUCCGCGGGCUGCGGCGGGGGCGAGCGGUGGCGGAGGCCCGAGUCCGUUUGGAAAUGGAUUUGCAAGGAGAGGACCGGCCGGCUUUGAGGAGGAGAUGACACCAGAGGAAUUGUUUAGACAAUUCUUCGGCGGCGCUUUCGGAGGGCCUUUCGGCGGCAUGGACACCGGUCCAGGCUUCGUCUUCAACCUCGGCGGCGGCCCAGGAAUCCGCGUCCACCAAUUUGGCGGCGGCCACCCACGCAGACGCCCCGGCACCGCCGCGCCUCCCGGCUCCGAAGGCCAACAAAACCUCUCCUCCGCUUUUGCGAACCUCCUGCCCCUACUCUUCCUCUUCGUCCUUCCCCUCCUCUCCUCCUUCUUCUCCUCUUCUUCCUCCACAUCCGCAGGCCCCAACCUCGUCUUCGAAACCCCUCGCACGCCCAACACACUCAAGCGCGUCUCCUCUCGCAUAAAAAUCGACUACUACGUCAACCCCAAGGACGUCCACGAAUACACUCCUAAAAAAUGGCGCAAGCUCGAUGAGGUGGCCGAGCAGCAGUACGUCCAUAUCACAAACACAAGGUGUCAGUCGGAGAAAUACAAGCAGAGGCAACUUAUGGAGGAAGCCCAAGGCUGGUUCUCGGUCGAUACGGAGGCUAUGAAUAAGGCGAGGAAUAUGGAGUUGAAGAAUUGUAAUAAGCUGAAGAAGCUGGGGAUAGAUGUUUACGGGGCGUGA